AUGACGAGGGGAUUGUCAAACAAAUCUAAACCUUAUAUUAUUUGGAUACACUCUAGCUACUACAGAGUAAUGGAACACUGGACCAACCUGUUGAGCCAAAAACCUAUAAAUACAUUUAUAAAGUCCAGAACAGAUCGGUUCAAAACAUUCCGAUUCGGACCACCCGGGCAGCUGUCAGCUACUUGGUGGCCUGAUGAACUUGGACUAUCUACCCCGUACUCCACAAUUUGGAACAACCAGCCCUUCAGUGGUUUCGGGUAG